CUCUCACUUGGAAUCUCCCCAUCUGGCCCUAUAGUCUUAACCGCGUGCCGACCACCCUCUCUCUCUACGUAGCAUUUUAUAAAGGGCUCUGAAAUCCUAAAAUCAACGAACACAAUUCUUCUUUUCGUAUCAGGAAAUCUCACCCCCGCACCUCUACCUUCUCCGUCGCUGCCGCCUUCUCCACCGCCGUCACUUGUAGCAGCUCAUCCACCGCCAGUCCCGCCGCUUAUAUAAACGCAAAUUAAACCGAAGAGUGGUUUUAAAAUCUCAGAAAAACAGAGACACCUGCUGCUUCAGAUUGCCAUUUCUCACCAUGCCGGUUUGGUUCCCUUCGUUUUCCUCCUAGCAAACGCAUUACAGAAGCAAGAGCAAGAAGUAGAAUCUCAAUUUGCGCCAUACGAUCCCCUGUUACAUUCAUUAGUUGACCAAAUUUCAUGAGGAAAAUCAGAGGUUUCAAGCUAGGGCACGGGCUCUUGAAAGGCUUCAAAAGGGUUCUCCGGCAGAAGACGAGGGCUUCGGGGUAUCAGCGCCUGGCCCAACCAAUCUGUGGGAAUAAAGCCAUGUCCGUAAUCUGCAAAUGGGGUCGCAAAGCGAAGGAGCUCUGUUCUACAAAGCGGGGUUCGCGCUACAUCCGAGUGGGUAAUGACCCGGUGGAUGCAAAACCAGGGGGUGUUCCGAAGGGACACCUGGCCGUGUACGUGGGCGAGAAGGAUGACGAUACGCACAGGUUCUUAGUUCCUGUGGUGUACUUCAACCACCCAUUGUUUGCGGAGUUGCUGAAGGAGGCUGAGAAGGAAUACGGGUUCGAUCAUCCGGGUCGGAUCACCCUGCCCUGCCGGAUAUCGGACUUUCAGAGCGUCCGGAUGAAGAUUGCCGCAGGGGAAAAUUGCAGGAGAAGGAGCUGAUGCCGUGGAUCUUAAUUUGCCACGUCAAAGAAGAUCAACGCCGCAGAAUGGUGAUGGGGAUGAUGGGGCACCUUGUAUUUAGAAUUUGUGAGUUGUGAAUUGUGAUCCAAAUUUUUGGUGAUGGUCAUUUUGUUCGCUUUUUAAAAAAAAAAAAAAAUUAGGACGCCAAAUAUAUGUUCCCACGUUUUGUCAAUCUGGGCGUAGAGGAUUUAGUUGUAUGUAAAUCACAUUGUUCUUCUCUCCAUAAAUGUUUCUUUUUUAUUUCA